GUUUGCUGCUGCCGUGGCGUGGCGGCAAUGGAUAAAAAUCAAAAUCAAAAGUUUAAACAGUAGAAAAAUAAAUAAUUGCACACCAAUAUGUUAACGAAAUAUUAAUUCCUUCCGUCCAAAUAAAACAUAAAUAAAGACAUUUGUGAGAUUGUGAGAACGUAAAAAUGUCUUACUUUAAAAAUAUGAUUAAGGUUUUUGCGGGUUGUUGCUCGAGCGCUUUUCUUAUGGAAAUAAUGAUGGAAAAGGCUCCACAAAGUGCAAAUCUUGUAACAUUUCUUCAAUUUUUUUUCAUAGCCCUGCAAGGGCUUCUAACUUUAAAAUCUCGGCUGUUUAAUCCUCGAAUACCACUUAAAGAAUACUUCAUAUUAAUAUCAUUAUUCUUCGUAACAAGUGUGGCCAAUAACUAUGUGUAUGCUUUGCAUGUGCCUUCUACAUUACACAUGAUCAUAAGAUCUGCCUCAUCACCUGCAAGUAUGCUUGUAAGUUGGUAUGCAAAAAAACAAAGGCCAAGAACAACAGCUUUAGUCGGAUCUGUUAUAAUAAGCAUUGGAGUGUCACUAGCAAUGUAUGGAGGUGCUACUGUUGUUGAAGAUAGCAAGGGGAAUUUCCUACACUGGUGUCUAGGAGUUACAAUCUUGUUGACUAUGUUAAUAGUUGGGGCAUUAACUGGACUACAGCAGGAAAUAUUGUUUAAGAAAUUUGGGAAACAUCCAGAAGAAAUGCUGUUCUACACUCAUAUGCUACCACUUCCUCUAUUCUUGAGUAUAUACCCUCAACUACACAGUAUAGCAUCCGAUCUAUCCUCCACCCUUUGGUUAAUCUUAUUUGUUAACAUUAUAUUCCAAUUUUACUGUACUCAUUCCGUCCAUGAGCUAGCUACUAGGGAAAAUUCCACAACUGUUACUUUUAUAUUAACUUUAAGAAAAUUUGUUUCUCUCAUGAUUUCUUCCAUAGUUUUUAAGAAUAAUCUGACUAUGUUACACAUUUUUGGAACUGUUUUUGUUGUAUUGGGUACAUAUUUCUAUUUUGAUUUUUUCGCUGGUAGAAAACAGCAGCCUGUCAGUUAUAAAAAUAGUUGGCAACCUGUAUAUGAAAAAGAUAAAUGAGAUUGCAUUAAGUAUAAAGAACUCUAUUGAAUCGAGCUAAAUACUGCAGUUUGGAACAAGUUUAGCUUUAAAAUUGGCAACAGUAGUUAUUUUCAGAGCAUUUUGUUAUUUAGGGUUAAUCUAUUUUUACCAAACUUAUAGAGCUAUUAUUUACAAGAUUUAUAUUUAGAAUAAGUUGUGAUUAUUAUAAUGACUAGGAGAGUGAUACAGGUAUUUUGAGACCAUUUAGGCUAAGACUAGGCUUUCUGUGAAUAUAAAAAAAUGUUAUGAAAAGUGUCCACUAGCAAUAAAAGUUGCAGGACCCAGCUCUAGGCUUUGGCAAGUUAGUUGCACAAUAUAAACACUGACAGCAUUCAAUUUCUAAGUUUUUCCAUUGAAAAGGAGCAUCUGCAAUUUCUCGUACAAUCACAUCUGAAGUUUUAUUGCUAGUGUCCACUGCAUUAAAAUCAUGUUGUAUUCCAUAGAUGUUUUCUCAGCCUCAGUUAUUUUCAUGAAGGUAAUGUGUUCAUAGCUUUUUCGGCAUGAUGGAGUAACCACCAUAAACAUAUGUAUGGAAUACAUUUACAUAAAACUUUUUUUUAAUUAUAUUUUUAAAUAUUUAUAUAUUGUGAGAACUGAUAAUAUUGAUUGUGACUUGUAAGAGUAAUUAUUAUGAUGUGAUAUAUGGUUGUUAUAAAUAAAACGAAUGUUUAUACUUAA